GCGGUCUGUCGUUGUUCACUGCACCGGCGUCGGUUGCUAGUUGCAAGUCACACAUAUCAAGACUGAUAAAAAGUUAAUUCAAUAGUUCGAAAUUUGAAGUUAUAAAAAUAUGUGUGCGCAUUAUUUUGGAUUAUAAGUGCAAGUAUAUUUGAAUAACAAUGAUAUUCCUGAACAUAGCUUUCGAGGCAGAACUGAAUCGUUACGAGGACAGUGAGUUUGAGGAUGUGGCCCGCAGGCACUGCAACGAACACCCGGAUACCAGGAAUAAAGUUAUUGAGGAGUUGCGCUCUAUGGUAUAUGAGCGUGGCGAAUGCAAUCCACGGCGUAUAGAUGACGCAUAUUGCCUUCGAUUCUUGCGUUGCAGGCGAUUCGUACCGGCGCUGGCAUAUCGAUUGAUGGUGAGAUACGAAGAUUUCCGUCGAAAGAACGCCCACCUGUACAAUUGCGACCCAUUUGAACUAAAGAAGGUGAAGCACGUCUACGCAGGCACCCUUCCGGAGAGUCCCGAACAUGGCCGACUUAUACUUAUGAGAUUUGGUCGAUGGGACACUAAUGCAGUCUCUAUAGAUGAUGUGGUGCGCUGUGCACUGGUGCUGGAGGAGAUAGCUGUACAGCAACCAAAACUUCAGAUCCUGGGAGUGACGGUCAUUAUAGACCUCGAGGGGUUGAGUUUCCGCCAUAUCUCACAACUGACGCCGGCCAUAGCCAAUCAAAUUGUCAGCUUAAUGGGGGUGGCUUUCCCGUUGCCACUGAACAGUAUACACUUGGUCAACUAUAACUGGAUAUUGAACACAUUCUGGUACGUGUUCAAGCAGUUCAUACCGAAACCAAUCUGGAACACCAUCCACUUCCAUGGGUACGACUUGAGCUCUCUCCAGAAACAAAUACACCCCAGACAUUUGCCGGCGGCGUAUGGCGGUUACUGCAGGCAUGUUAUAUCGACUGAAGAGUGGCUUGGAAAAAUUUACGAGUACAGAGACGAAUACCUGGUACAGGAAUUAAAAGAUUUGGGUUUUACAAUUAAAGAUUAGUAAUAAUAAUUAUUCACAAUAGUGUUUGAUGUAUUUACAUUAUUUUCACUGGUACCUUUUCUGCACUGGAUUACCCAAAUUAAAUUAUUUUCUCUCUAACUACACUGGGUUGGCUGGAAGAGAUCUCUUUCAGAGAUAAAUCCUCCCUUGCUAACAAGUUGUUGAACUAAUCCAUAUUGUAUCAGGUAAAGGACUUCGUACCGAUCGAAUUCUGGUAUCAUCUAUUUGUUAUUGUUUAUCUACAAUUUGCAAUAUUUUCACCGCAUAAUUACAUUUCUGUUUUGCCGAAGGUUGACUGCGAGAGAAUGCUAUAAAAUCCGUAUUAAAUCCGUUUGUACCAAAUAUUUUUUGUAAUGUGGUCAAUAAAGUAUCAAUAAAUAUAUAAAUAAACUAGCUGACUCAGCAAACGUUGUUUUACCAUAUAUAUUAUUUCGAGAACUAUACAUGAAAAUUUAUCCUACUCCAAUUAUUAUAUUCGC